GGCUCUUGUCUGGGGUUCUCAGGAGGGGAGAGUUGGGAGAGACUUUGCUGCUGAGGAAAUUUAUUUGAUAGUUUGAAGAUUUGCACAAGAGCUACAGAAACUGAACAGAAAAAGUCACAUAAGUCAAUGGUGUUCGAGAAGAAAAUAGCCCUAUUGCCUUGAGUUUGUAGGUGCCACUACUACUCUGGGAAAAUGGCAGAUGACGAAGAAUAUGAGGAGGUGGUGGAGUACUACACAGAAGAGACGAUUUAUGAAGAGGUACCAGGGGAGACAAUAACAGAAGUCUAUGAAACCACAACGACAAGGACCAUACAUUCUGACUAUGAGCAACCAGAAGCUUCCAAACCAGCUCUGGCACAGCCAGAGCCGGCAAAGCCAGUGGAGAGGAAGAAGGUUAUCCGGAAGAAAGUGGACCCUUCUAAGUUCAUGACUCCCUACAUUGCACACAGUCAGAAAAUGCAGAAUAUCUUUAGCACAAAUAAAUACAAGGAGAAUUUUGAGAAAACAAAAGGACAGCCAUGUGGCAUCACAACUGAUACCCCAGAACAUCGCAGAAUCAAGAAAGUGCAAGAUCAACUCAGUGAGGUUAAGUAUCGAAUGGAUGGUGAUGUUGCUAAAACUAUUUGUCAUGUAGAUGAAAAAGCAAAGGACAUUGAACAUGCCAAGAAAGUGUCGCAGCAAGUCAGCAAGGUUUUAUAUAAGCAGAACUGGGAGGACACCAAGGAUAAGUACCUGCUUCCUCCUGAUGCCCCUGAACUUGUCCAGGCCCUUAAGAACACAGCCAUGUUCAGUAAGAAAUUGUAUACUGAAGACUGGGAAGCAGACAAAGGUUUGUUUUACCCGUAUAACGAUAGUCCGGAACUGAGGAGGGUUGCCCAAGCCCAGAAAGCACUCAGUGAUGUUGCCUACAAAAAAGGUCUUGUUGAGCAGCAAACUCAGUUCACAUCUCUGCCAGAUCCUCCAGAUAUAGAGUUUGCCAAGAAAGUGACCAAUCAAGUGAGCAAGCAAAAAUACAAGGAAGACUAUGAAAAUAAAGUCAAAGGCAAAUGGAGUGAAACGCCUUGCUUUGAAAUUGCAACUGCCAGAAUGAAUGCUGACAACAUCAGUUCAAGGAAAUAUCAGGAAGAGUUUGAGAAUCUGAAAGAUCAGAUCUACUUUAUGCAGACCGAUACACCAGAGUACAAAGUGAAUAAACAAGCUGGGAUAACAGCCAGCAAGGUAAAAUACAAAGAAGACUAUGAAAAGAAUAAAGGGAAAGCAGAUUACAAUGUACUUCCUGCUACAGAACAGCCGCUGUUCAAGCAGUUGAAGGCAGCAGGAAAUGCCCUAAGUGAUAAAUUAUACAAGGAAAACUAUGAAAAGACAAAGGCAAGGAGCAUGAAUUACUGUGAGACACCCAAAUUUCAGCUGGAUACAGUUUUGCAUAACUUCAGUAGUGAUACUAAAUACAGAGAUUCUUACUUAAAGAAUAUUUUGGGACAUUAUGUAGGCAGCUUUGAGGAUCCAUAUUAUACACAUUGCAUGAAAGUCACCGCUCAAAACAGUGAUAAAAAUUACAAAGCAGAAUAUGAAGAGGACAGAGGCAAAUGCUUCUUCCCUCAGACCAUAACUCAAGAGUAUGAAGCAAUUAAGAAACUAGAUCAGUGCAAAGACCAUACUUACAAAGUCCAUCCAGACAAGACAAAAUUCACCCAAGUUACUGACUCUCCUGUUCUGGUACAAGCCCAAGUCAAUUCCAAACAACUGAGCGAUCUAAAUUAUAAAGCAAAACACGAAAAUGAAAAAUUCAAGUGCCACGUACCCUCUGAUACUCCUGCCUUCAUUCAGCACAAAGUCAAUGCUUACAACCUGAGUGAUAAUGUUUAUAAGCAUGAUUGGGAGAAGAGCAAAGCUAAGAAGUUUGACAUUAAAGUGGACGCCAUUCCCCUGCUGGCAGCCAAAGCCAACAGCAAGAAUGCUAGUGAUGUGAUGUACAAGAAAGACUAUGAGAAAAACAAAGGGAAGAUGAUUGGAGCCCUGAGCAUUAAUGAUGAUCCCAAGAUGCUGCACUCUUUGAAGAUGGCCAAAACCCAGAGUGAUAUAUUAUACAAGGAAAACUAUGAGAAGACAAAAGCCAAGAGCAUGAAUUACUGUGAGACUCCCAAAUAUCAACUUGAUACUCUGCUGAAGAACUUUGGCGAGAAUAAAUAUAAAGAUUUAUAUGUUAAGAACAUCUUGGGACAUUAUGUGGGCACCUUUGAAGACCCAUAUCAAGCACACUGCAUGAAAGUUUCUGCUCAAAAUAGUGAUAAGAGCUACAAAGCAGAAUAUGAAGAAGAUAAAGGGAAAUGCUACUUCCCUCAGACAAUAACACAAGAAUAUGAAGCAAUCAAGAAAUUAGACCAGUGUAAAGAUCAUGCCUACAAAGUUCAUCCAGAUAAGACCAAAUUCACGGCCGUCACUGACUCUCCUGUACAGUUGCAAGCUCAGCUCAAUACAAAACAGCUUAGCAAUCUGAAUUACAAAGCAAAGCAUGAAAGUGAGAAGUUCAAGUGCAAUGUGCCUGCAGAUGCUCCACAGUUUAUCCAACAUAAAGUCAAUGCUUAUAACCUGAGUGAUAAUGUUUAUAAGCAUGACUGGGAGAAGAGCAAAGCUAAGAAGUUUGAAAUUAAAGUGGACGCCAUUCCCCUGCUGGCAGCCAAAGCCAACAGCAAGAACGCUAGUGAUGUGAUGUACAAGAAAGACUAUGAGAAAAACAAAGGGAAGAUGAUUGGAGCCCUGAGCAUUAAUGAUGAUCCCAAGAUGCUGCACUCUUUGAAGACAGCCAAAAACCAAAGUGAUCGUGAAUACCGCAAAGAUUAUGAAAAGUCAAAAACGGUCUACACAGCACCUCUUGAUAUGGUCCAAGUCACUCAAGCAAAGAAAUCUCAGGCAAUUGCCAGUGACAUAGACUAUAAGCAUCGUAUCCACAACUACAGCUACCCACCAGACAGCAUCAAUGUGGACCUCGCCAAAAAGGCUUAUGCACUGCAGAGUGAUGUUGAAUACAAAGCUGACUAUAAUAGUUGGAUGAAAGGUUGUGGCUGGGUUCCAUUUGGAUCCUUAGAAAUGGAAAAGGUCAAGCGAGCUUCAGACAUUCUUAAUGAGAAAAAGUAUCGCCAACACCCAGACACUCUCAAGUUUACCUCGAUUGAAGAUGCUCCUAUUACAGUACAGUCUAAAAUUAACCAGGCUCAGAGGAGUGAUAUUGCUUACAAAGCCAAAGGAGAGGAAAUGCUUCACAAAUACAGCCUGCCGGCUGACUUGCCCCAGUUCAUUCAGGCUAAAGUCAAUGCCUACAAUAUCAGUGAGAAAACGUACAAAGCAGACUUGAAAGACUUGAGUAAGAAGGGGUAUGACCUGAGGACGGAUGCAAUUCCAAUCAAAGCCGCCAAGGCUGCCAGGCAGGCGGCGAGUGAUGUUCAGUACAAGAAAGAUUAUGAAAAAGCCAAAGGGAAAAUGGUUGGUUUCCAAAGCCUUCAAGAUGAUCCCAAACUGGUUCAUUAUGUGAAAGUGGCCAAGCUACAGUCAGACCGGGAGUAUAAAAAAGACUAUGAGAAAACAAAGACCAAAUACAACACACCCCAUGAUAUGUUCAACGUGGUGGCAGCUAAGAAAGCUCAGGAUAUUGUCAGCAAUGUCAACUAUAAGCAUCCUCUCCAUCACUACACCUACCUGCCUGACGCCAUGGACUUGGAAUUGUCUAAAAAUAUGAUGCACAUUCAAAGCAAUAACGCCUACAAGGAAGACUAUAAUUCCUGGAUGAAAGGUAUUGGCUGGAUCCCUAUUGGGAGUCUUGAUGUAGAAAAAGUUAAAAAGGCAGGAGAUGCCCUGAAUGAAAAGAAGUACAGGCAGCAUCCGGACACCCUCAAAUUUACCAGCAUUGUUGACUCUCCAGUGAUGGUCCAGGCCAAACAGAACACACAGCAAGUUAGCGAUAUCUUAUACAAAGCUAAAGGGGAAGAUGUGAAGCAUAAAUACACAAUGAGUCCUGAUCUUCCUCAGUUUCUCCAGGCCAAGUGCAAUGCUUACAAUAUCAGUGAUGUAUGUUAUAAGCGGGACUGGCACGAUUUAAUAGCCAAGGGCAACAAUGUGCUGGGAGACGCCAUUCCCAUCACAGCAGCCAAGGUGUCAAGAAACAUUGCCAGCGAUUAUAAAUACAAGGAAGCUUAUGAAAAGUCUAAGGGAAAGCAUGUGGGCUUCAGAAGCCUCCAGGAUGAUCCCAAGCUGGUCCACUAUAUGAAUGUGGCAAAGUUGCAAUCCGAUCGUGAAUACAAGAAAAACUACGAGAACACCAAAACCAGCUAUCAUACUCCUGGGGACAUGGUCAGCAUAACAGCUGCAAAGAUGGCCCAGGAUGUCGCCACCAAUGUCAACUACAAACAACCGAUACAUCAUUACACUUACCUACCUGAUGCCCUGAGUCUGGAGCACACCAGGAAUGUGAAUCAAAUUCAGAGUGAUAACGUAUAUAAAGAUGAAUAUAACAGCUUCUUGAAGGGCAUUGGAUGGAUCCCUAUUGGUUCUUUGGAGGUCGAGAAAGUCAAAAAAGCAGGCGAAGCAUUAAAUGAGAGGAAGUAUCGACAGCACCCAGACACUAUCAAGUUCACUAGUGUGCCUGACUCCAUGGGCAUGGUUUUGGCUCAGCAGAACACAAAGCAGCUAAGCGAUUUGAACUACAAGGUGGAGGGGGAGAAACUGAAACACAAGUACACCAUGGACCCGGAAUUGCCUCAGUUUAUUCAAGCUAAAGUCAAUGCUCUCAACAUGAGUGAGGCUCAUUAUAAAGCUGACUGGAAGAAAACCAUUGCCAAGGGCUAUGAUUUGAGACCAGAUGCUAUCUCAAUAGUUGCUGCAAAAAGUUCACGGAAUAUUGCUAGUGAUUGCAAAUAUAAGGAGGCCUAUGAGAAAGCCAAAGGCAAGCAAAUUGGAUUUCUCAGUCUUCAGGAUGACCCUAAAUUGGUUCACUACAUGAAUGUGGCCAAAAUCCAGUCAGAUCGUGAGUAUAAAAAGGGUUAUGAAGCCAGCAAGACCAGCUAUCAUGUACCUCUGGACAUGCUCAGUGUGACAGCUGCAAAGAAAUCUCAGGAAGUUGCUACCAACACCAACUACAAACAGCCAUUCCAUAACUACACGCUGCUGCCCGAUGCCAUUAAUGUGGAGCACUGCAAGAAUGCGAUGCAGAUUCAGAGCGACAACUUAUACAAAUCUGACUUCACCGGCUGGAUGAAAGGGAUUGGCUGGAUCCCAAUACAGUCACUAGAGGUCGAGAAAGUAAAGAAAGCAGGAGAGAUACUUAGUGAGAAGAAAUAUCGCCAGCACCCUGAGAAGCUGAAGUUCACCUACUCCAUGGACACGAUGGAACAAGCUCUCAACAAGAGUAACAAACUGACCAUGGAUAAGAAACUCUACACUGAAAAAUGGAACAAAGACAAGACUACCAUUCAUGUCAUGCCCGAUACUCCAGAUAUUUUACUCUCCAGAGUAAAUCAAAUCACCAUGAGCGAUAAACUGUACAAAGCUGGCUGGGAAGAAGAAAAGAAGAAAGGAUAUGACCUGAGGCCCGAUGCUAUCCCAAUACAGGCAGCAAAAACCUCUAGAGACAUUGCUAGUGAUUACAAAUACAAGCAAGCCUAUGAACAAGCCAAAGGAAAACACAUUGGCUUCCGGAGCCUAGAAGAUGACCCAAAGCUAGUGCACUUCAUGCAGGUGGCUAAAAUGCAAUCAGAUCGGGAAUACAAGAAAGGAUAUGAGAAAUCCAAGACAUCCUUCCACACCCCAGUGGACAUGUUCAGUGUGGUGGCUGCCAAGAAGUCUCAGGAAGUGGCCACUAAUGCCAACUACAGGAAUGUGAUCCACACCUACAACAUGCUUCCUGAUGCCAUGAGCUUUGAAUUGGCCAAAAAUAUGAUGCACAUUCAAAGUGAUAAUCAGUACAAAGCUGACUAUGAUGACUUCAUGAAGGGCAUUGGAUGGCUCCCUCUGGGCUCCCUGGAGGCAGAGAAAAACAAGAAAGCCAUGGAGAUUAUCAGUGAAAAGAAGUAUCGCCAGCACCCUGACACUUUGAAGUAUUCCACAUUGAUGGACUCCAUGAAUAUGGUUCUGGCCCAGAAUAAUGCAAAAAUUAUGAAUGAACACCUAUAUAAACAAGCAUGGGAGGCUGACAAGACCAAAAUCCACAUCAUGCCUGAUAUCCCACAGAUUGUUUUGGCGAAGGCAAAUGCUAUUAAUAUGAGUGAUAAACUCUACAAACUUUCUUUGGAAGAGUCUAGAAAGAAAGGCUACGAUCUCAGAACUGAUGCAAUCCCUAUCAAAGCUGCCAAAUCUUCAAGAGAUAUUGCUAGUGAUUAUAAAUACAAGUACAAUUAUGAAAAAGAGAAGGGGAAAAUGGUUGGUUUCCGCAGUCUUGAGGAUGAUCCCAAACUAGUCCAUUCCAUGCAAGUGGCUAAGAUGCAAUCUGAUCGGGAGUACAAGAAAAACUAUGAGAAGACAAAGACCAGUUACCACACCCCUGCCAACAUGUUGAGUGUCAUGGCUGCCAAGGAUGCUCAAGCCAACAUCAGCAACACUAACUACAAGCACCUGAUUCACAAGUACAUCCUCCUUCCAGAUGCUAUGAACCUUGAGCUGACCAGGAAUAUGAAUCAUAUACAGAGUGAUAAUGAAUAUAAGCAGGACUACAAUGAAUGGUACAAAGGGGUUGGCUGGAGUCCAGCUGGUUCUCUAGAAGUGGAGAAGGCCAAGAAGGCAACUGAAUAUGCAAGUGACCAGAAAUAUCGCCAGCACCCUAGCAAUUUCCAGUUUAAGAAGCUGACUGACUCCAUGGACAUGGUGCUUGCUAAGCAGAAUGCUCACACCAUGAACAAGCAUUUAUAUACCGUUGAUUGGAAUAAAGAUAAGACCAAGGUUCAUGUCAUGCCAGAUACACCAGACUUUUUACAGGCCAAGCAGAAUCAAACAUUGUACAGUCAGAAAUUCUAUAAACUUGGAUGGGAAGAAGCUUUGAAGAAAGGUUAUGACCUCCCAGUUGAUGCAAUUUCUGUACAGCUGGCCAAAGCUUCAAGAGAUAUUGCUAGUGAUCACAAAUAUAAACAAGGCUACCGCAAACAACUUGGUCACCAUAUUGGAUUCCGGAGUGUGCAAGAUGACCCAAAGCUUGUGUUGUCCAUGAAUGUAGCCAAAAUGCAGAGUGAAAGAGAAUAUAAAAAGGACUUUGAGAAGUGGAAGACUAAGUACACCAGCCCAGUGGACAUGUUGGGAGUGGUGUUAGCUAAGAAAUGCCAGUCCUUGGUCAGUGACAUUGACUACAGGAACAUCCUGCAUCAGUGGACAUGUUUACCUGACCAGAAUGAUGUUAUUCAAGCUAAAAAAGUUUAUGAACUACAGAGUGAGAACGCAUAUAAGUCUGACCUUGAGUGGCUGAAAGGCAUAGGAUGGUGUCCUUUGGGAUCUUUGGAGGCAGAGAAAAACAAGCGGGCUUCAGAUAUCAUCAGUGAUAAAAAGUAUCGUCAGCCAGCAGACAAAAACAAAUUCACGAGCAUUCCAGAUGCCAUGGACAUAGUUUUGGCAAAAACAAAUGCCAAAAAUAGGAGUGACAGACUUUAUAGAGAAGCUUGGGACAAGGACAAGACUCAAAUCCACAUCAUGCCUGAUACACCUGACAUUAUUCUGGCUAAAACAAACUUAAUUAACACAAGUGAUAAAUUUUACCGUAUGGGUUAUGAGGAGCUGAAGAAAAAAGGUUAUGAUCUUCCACUUGAUGCCAUACCAAUCAAAGCAGCCAAAGCAUCCCGGGAAAUUGCCAGCGAAUACAAGUACAAGGAAGGUUUUCGCAAGCAGCUGGGCCACCAUAUUGGAGCCCGGGACAUUAAGGAUGACCCCAAGAUGAUGUGGUCCAUGCAUGUGGCCAAAAUCCAGAGUGACCGGGAGUAUAAGAAAGACUUUGAGAAGUGGAAGACCAAGUUCAGCAGCCCAGUGGACAUGCUGGGGGUGGUGCUGGCCAAGAAGUGUCAAACUCUGGUCAGUGAUAUAGACUACAAGAACAUCCUUCAUCAGUGGACAUGCCUGCCUGACCAGAGUGAUGUCAUCCAUGCUCGGCAGGCCUAUGACCUCCAGAGUGAUAAUUUGUACAAAGCUGACCUUCAGUGGCUAAAAGGCAUUGGUUGGAUGCCCAGUGGUUCUCUUGAGGAUGAGAAGAACAAAAGAGCUACCCAGAUUUUGAGUGAUCAUGUUUAUCGUCAACACCCAGACAAGUUCAAGUUUUCCAGCCUUAUGGACUCCAUUCCAAUGGUUUUGGCAAAAAACAAUGCUGUUACAAUGAACCACCGUCUAUACACAGAAGCUUGGGAUAAAGAUAAAACCACUAUUCAUAUUAUGCCAGAUACCCCUGAAGUUGUACUAGCUAAACAAAACAAAAUAAACUACAGUGAGAAACUAUACAAACUUGGCCUAGAAGAAGCUAGAAAGAAAGGUUAUGAUUUGCGACUCGAUGCCAUUCCCAUCAAAGCAGCCAAAGCAUCUAGAGACAUUGCAAGUGAAUUCAAGUACAAAGAAGGCUAUCGCAAGCAACUUGGCCACCACAUUGGUGCCCGAGCUAUACAUGAUGACCCCAAGAUGAUGUGGUCCAUGCAUGUGGCCAAGAUCCAGAGUGACAGGGAGUACAAGAAAGACUUUGAGAAGUGGAAGACCAAGUUCAGCAGCCCAGUGGACAUGCUGGGGGUGGUGCUGGCCAAGAAGUGCCAGGCCUUGGUCAGUGAUGUAGACUACAAGAACAUCCUUCAUCAGUGGACAUGCCUGCCUGACCAGAGUGAUGUCAUCCAUGCUCGGCAGGCCUAUGACCUUCAGAGUGAUAAUCUGUACAAAUCAGAUCUUCAGUGGAUGAAAGGCAUUGGCUGGGUGCCCAUUGGCUCUUUGGAUGUGGAAAAAUGUAGACGAGCCACUGAAAUUUUGAGUGAUAAAAUCUACCGCCAGCCACCAGACAAACUGAAAUUUACCAGUGUGACUGAUUCUCUGGAACAAGUGUUGGCCAAGAACAACGCCCUCACCAUGAACAAGCGUUUGUACACAGAAGCCUGGGACAAAGACAAGACCCAGAUCCAUAUAAUGCCAGACACACCAGAGAUUAUGUUGGCGAGAAUGAACAAAAUCAACUACAGUGAGAGUCUGUAUAAACUCGCUAAUGAAGAAUCAAAGAAGAAAGGCUACGACUUGCGGAGCGAUGCCAUCCCGAUUGUGGCAGCCAAGGCCUCCAGGGACAUUGCCAGUGAUUACAAAUACAAAGAUGGUUACCGCAAGCAGCUGGGCCAUCACAUUGGAGCUCGGGACAUUAAGGAUGAUCCCAAGAUGAUGUGGUCCAUGCAUGUGGCCAAGAUCCAGAGUGACCGGGAGUACAAGAAAGACUUUGAGAAGUGGAAGACCAAGUUCAGCAGCCCAGUGGACAUGCUGGGGGUGGUGUUGGCCAAGAAGUGUCAGACCUUGGUCAGUGAUGUGGACUACAAGAACUUCCUGCAUCAAUGGACGUGCCUGCCUGACCAGAGUGAUGUCAUUCAUGCUCGGCAGGCCUAUGACCUUCAGAGCGAUAACAUUUAUAAGUCAGAUCUCCAGUGGAUGAGAGGCAUUGGCUGGGUCCCCAUUGGAUCUCUCGAUGUGGUCAAGUGCAAGAGAGCUACAGAAAUACUGAGUGAUAACAUCUACCGCCAGCCUCCAGAUAAGCUGAAAUUUACCAGUGUGACUGAUUCUUUGGAACAGGUGCUGGCCAAGAACAACGCCCUCACCAUGAACAAGCGCUUAUAUACAGAAGCCUGGGACAAAGACAAGACUCAAGUCCAUAUCAUGCCUGAUACACCUGAAAUUAUGUUGGCCAGACAAAACAAAAUAAAUUACAGUGAGAGCCUCUAUCGACAGGCCAUGGAAGAAGCCAAGAAAGAAGGCUAUGACUUGAGAAGUGACGCCAUUCCCAUUGUGGCUGCAAAGGCCUCUAGGGACAUCGCCAGUGAUUAUAAAUACAAAGAAGCAUAUCGUAAGCAGCUGGGCCACCACAUUGGUGCCCGUGCCGUACACGAUGACCCCAAGAUUAUGUGGUCCCUUCAUAUUGCAAAAGUGCAGAGUGAACGUGAGUAUAAGAAGGAAUUUGAGAAAUACAAGACAAGGUACAGCAGCCCAGUGGACAUGCUUGGUAUUGUUUUGGCCAAGAAAUGUCAGACCCUGGUCAGUGAUGUGGACUAUAAGCAUCCCCUGCAUGAGUGGACCUGCCUACCUGACCAGAAUGAUAUCAUUCAGGCACGGAAAGCCUAUGACCUCCAGAGUGACAAUUUGUAUAAGUCAGACCUGGAAUGGAUGAAAGGCAUUGGCUGGGUUCCCAUUGGUUCCGUAGAAGUUGUUAAAGCCAAAAGGGCCACAGAGAUACUGAGUGAUAAUAUCUACCGUCAGCGUCCAGACAAAUUCAAAUUCACCAGUGUAACUGACUCUCUGGAACAAGUGCUGGCAAAGAACAAUGCUAUAACAAUGAAUAAGCGCUUAUAUACUGAAGCCUGGGACAAUGACAAGAAGACAAUUCAUGUCAUGCCCGAUACACCAGAAAUCAUGCUAGCCAAACUCAACCGAAUAAACUACAGUGAAAAACUCUAUAAAUUGGCUUUGGAGGAGUCCAAGAAGGAAGGUUAUGACUUGCGUUUGGAUGCCAUUCCAAUCCAGGCAGCCAAGGCUUCAAGAGAUAUCGCUAGUGACUACAAGUACAAGGAAGGCUACCGCAAGCAGCUUGGACAUCACAUUGGGGCUCGGAACAUUCAAGAUGAUCCCAAGAUGAUGUGGUCCAUCCAUGCAGCCAAGAUCCAGAGUGACAGGGAGUACAAGAAGGACUUUGAGAAAUGGAAGACCAAGUUCAGCAGCCCAGUGGAUAUGCUGGGGGUGGUUCUAGCCAAGAAAUGUCAGAUCCUUGUAAGCGACAUAGACUACAAGCAUCCACUACACGAAUGGACCUGCCUGCCUGAUCAGAAUGACAUCAUCCAGGCUCGGAAGGCUUAUGAUCUGCAGAGUGAUGCUAUUUACAAGGCUGAUCUUGAGUGGCUGAAAGGCAUCGGAUGGGUUCCCCUUGGCUCUGUAGUGGUUGAGAAUGUGAAAAGAGCUGGAGAAAUCCUGAGUGAAAGGAAGUAUCGCCAGCCUGCAGACCAACUCAAAUUCACAUGCAUUACAGACACUCCAGAAAUUGUCCUGGCAAAGAACAAUGCCUUGACAAUGAGCAAGCACUUAUAUACAGAAGCCUGGGAUGCUGACAAAGCCUCUAUCCACGUGAUGCCAGACACUCCUGAAAUCAUGCUGGCCAAGAGCAAUUCCGUCAAUAUCAGUCAAAAACUUUAUACUAAGGGGUGGGAUGAAUCAAAGAUGAAAGACUACGAUCUGAGAGCCGAUGCCAUUUCCAUCAAAAGUGCCAAGGCCUCGAGGGACAUCGCCAGUGAUUACAAAUACAAGGAAGCAUAUGAGAAACAGAAGGGCCACCACAUUGGAGCCCAGAGUGUUGAAGAUGACCCCAGGAUUAUGUGUGCCAUACAUGCCGGGAAGAUUCAAAGUGAAAGGGAGUACAAGAAGGAGUUCCAGAAGUGGAAGACCAAGUUCAGUAGCCCAGUGGAUAUGUUAGGCAUCUUGCUGGCCAAGAAAUGCCAGACUCUGGUCAGUGACAUUGAUUAUCGCAAUUACCUGCACAACUGGACAUGUCUACCUGAUCAAAAUGACAUUAUCCAAGCAAAGAAGGCCUAUGAACUACAGAGUAAUGCCAUCUACAGGGCUGACUUGGAGUGGCUGCGUGGCAUUGGCUGGAUGCCUCAAGGGUCUCCUGAAGUAUUAAGAGUCAAAAAUGCCCAGGAGAUCUUCCGAGACAGUGUCUACCGGACACCAGUGGUGAACCUGAAGUACACAAGUAUCGUUGACACUCCGGAAGUUGUCCUCGCUAAAUCAAAUGCUGAAAAUAUUAGUAUUCCGAAGUACAGAGAAGUUUGGGACAAGGAUAAAACUUCCGUCCACAUAAUGCCAGAUACUCCAGAAAUUAACCUAGCAAGAGCAAAUGCUCUGAAUGUGAGCAAUAAAAUUUAUCGAGAAGGCUGGGAUGAGAUGAAGAUGAGCUGUGAUGUACGGCUGGAUGCUAUCCCUAUCCAGGCUGCCAAGGCUUCCCGGGAGAUCGCCAGUGAUUAUAAAUACAAACUUGACCACGAGAAGCAGAAGGGACACUACGUGGGUACCCUCACAGCCAGGGAUGACAACAAGAUCCGUUGGGCCCUCAUAGCUGGCAAGAUUCAGAAUGAAAGAGAGUACCGGCUGCAAUGGGCCAAAUGGAAGACCAAGUUCCAAAGCCCUGCGGAUAUGCUUUCUGUCUUACAUUCUAAAAAAUCUCAGGCUCUGGUCAGUGACAUCGAUUAUCAUAAUUACCUACAUGAAUGGACAUGCCUGCCCGACCAGAAUGAUGUGAUCCAGGCCAAGAAAGCCUAUGAACUGCAAAGCGAUGCUAUUUACAAGGCUGACCUGGAAUGGUUACGCGGAAUUGGGUGGAUGCCAAAUGAUUCCGUUUCUGUCAAUCAUGCCAAACAUGCUGCAGAUAUCUUCAGUGAGACAAAAUAUCGCACAAAAAUAGAAACUCUCAACUUUACCCCUGUGGAUGACAGAGUUGACUAUGUGACAGCAAAACAAAGUGGUGAGAUCCUAAAUGAUAUUAAGUACCGGAAAGACUGGAAUGAUAACAAAUCGAAGUAUACCCUCACAGACACCCCCCUGCUGCACACUGCCCAGGAGGCCGCCCGGAUACUGGACCAGUACCUGUACAAGGAAGGCUGGGAGAAACAGAAAGCCACAGGUUAUAUUCUGCCUCCCGAUGCUGUGCCAUUUGUUCAUGCCCAACACUCCAGUGAUGUUCAGAGUGAGCUGAAGUACAAAGCUGAGCAUGUAAAGCAAAAGGGUCAUUAUGUUGGAGUCCCGACAAUGAGAGAUGAUCCUAAACUGGUUUGGUUUGAGCAUGCAGGCCAGAUCCAGAAUGACAGACUAUACAAAGUGGAUUAUCACAAAACAAAGGCCAAAAUCAAUAUACCUGCUGAUAUGGUGUCCGUCUUGGCUGCCAAGCAGGGGCAGACCCUUGUCAGUGACAUUGAUUACCGUAAUUAUCUGCACCAAUGGACAUGUCAUCCUGACCAAAAUGAUGUAAUUCAGGCAAAGAAAGCCUAUGAGCUACAGAGUGAUAAUAUCUACAAAGCUGACCUUGAAUGGCUCCGAGGCAUCGGUUGGAUCCCCUUGGAUUCUGUGGACUAUGUGAGGGUUACUAAGAACCAAGAAAUGGUCAAUCAGAUAAAAUAUAAGAAAGAUGCUCUUGACAACUAUCCUAAUUAUACAAGUGUGGUGGAUCCUCCAGAGAUCGUUUUGGCCAAGAUUAACUCAAUCAAUCAAAGUGAUGUGAAAUAUAAAGAAACAUUCAAUAAACACAAGGGCAAGUAUAUAUUCUCUCCGGAUACACCACAUAUCUCCCACUCCAAAGACAUGGGGAAACUCUACAGUACUAUCCUAUAUAAGGGGGCCUGGGAGGGAACCAAGGCCUAUGGUUAUACCUUGGAUGAGCGCUAUAUUCCCAUUGUUGGAGCCAAGCAUGCCGACUACGUGAAUAGUGAGCUUAAAUACAAAGAGACAUAUGAAAAGCAGAAGGGCCACUACCUGGCUGGAAAAGAAAUCAGUGAAUUCCCUGGUGUGGUUCACUGUCUGGAUUUCCAAAAAUUGAGGAGUGCGUUGAACUACAGAAGAGACUAUGAGGAUACCAAAGCAAAUGUUCAUAUUCCCAAUGAUAUGAUGAAUCAUGUGCUGGCUAAAAAAUGCCAGUACAUCCUCAGUGAUCUGGAGUACCGGCACUACUUUCACCAGUGGACGUCUCUUCCAGAAGAACCCAAUGUUAUACGUGUCCGAAAUGCCCAGGAGAUCUUGAGUGAUAACGUGUAUAAAGAUGACUUGAAUUGGCUGAAAGGCAUUGGAUGCUAUGUUUGGGAUACACCCCAGAUCCUGCUUGCCAAGAAAUCAUAUGACCUCCAGAGUCAAAUACAAUACACAGCAGCAGGUAAAGAAAACCUACAAAACUAUAAUAUGGUCACAGAUACACCACUUUAUGUGACUGCUCUUCAAAGUGGCAUUAAUGCCAGUGAGGUGAAAUAUAAAGAAAAUUAUCAUCAGAUUAAAGACAAAUAUACAACCAUUCUAAAAACAGUGGAUUAUGACAGAACCAAGAAUCUGAAAAGUCUCUAUAGCAGUAACCUGUACAAGGAGGCCUGGGAUAAAGUGAAAGCCACCAGCUACAUUCUGCCUCCCAGCUCUGUUUCUCUGACACACGCGAAGAACCUGAAGCACCUAGCCAGCACCGUCAAAUACCGGGAAGAAUAUGAAAAGUUCAAAGCUCUUUAUACUUUACCAAAAAGUGUUGACGAUGACCCGAACACAGCACGGUGCCUUCGAGUUGGCAAGCUUAACAUUGAUCGUCUGUACAGAUCAGUGUAUGAGAAGAACAAGAUGAAAAUCCACACUGUGCCUGACAUGGUGGAGAUGGUGACUGCGAAGGAUACUCAGAAGAAAGUCAGUGAGGUGGAUUAUCGCCUACACCUCCAUGAGUGGAUUUGCCACCCCGACUUGCAAGUUAACAGUCACGUCCGAAAAGUUACAGAUCAGAUCAGCGAUAUUGUAUACAAGGAUGACCUCACCUGGCUGAAAGGCAUUGGUUGCUACGUCUGGGACACUCCUGAAAUUCUUCAUGCCAAACAUGCCUAUGAUCUACGCAAUGAUAUCAAAUACAAAGCUCAUGUGCAGAAAACAAAGAACGAUUACAAGUUGGUCACUGAUACACCAGUUUACGUCCAAGCUGUCAAAAGCGGGAAACAGCUAAGUGAUGCUGUCUACCAUUACGACUAUAUACGCAGUGUCAGAGGCAAAGUUGCUCCAACCACCAAAACUGUGGAUCUGGACCGUGCCCUGCAUGCUUACAAGCUCCAGAGUGAGAACCUGUACCGACGAUCUGGCUUGCGCUACCUGCCCACUGGAUAUCGACUUCCAAUCGAUACCCCUCACUUCAAUCACAACAAGAACACUCGCUACAUGAGCAGUUAUUUCAAGUACAAAGAAGUUUAUGAGCACAUCAAGGCAAAUGGGUAUACACUUGGCCCCAACGAUGUUCCAUUUGUCAAUGUCCGGAGGGUCAACAAUGUUACCAGUGAGAGACUGUAUAGAGAACUAUAUCACAAAUUGAAAGACAAGAUCCACACAACUCCCGACACGCCUGAAAUCCGCCAAGUCAAAAAGACACAAGAAGCUGUCAGUGAGUUGAUCUACAAAUCAGACUUCUUCAAGAUGCAGGGUCACAUGAUAUCCUUACCAUAUACACCGCAAGUGAUUCAUUGCCGCUAUGUGGGAGACAUCACCAGCGAUAUUAAAUACAAAGAGGACUUGCAGAUGCUAAAGGGCCUGGGUUGCUUUCUGUAUGACACUCCUGACAUGGUCCGCUCCCGGCACCUGCGGAAGCUGUGGUCUAAUUACGUGUACACUUAUAAUGCAAAGAAGACGCGUGACAAAUACAAAGUGGUGCUCGACACACCAGAAUACAGAAAAGUGCAGGAACUGAAGACACACCUGAGCGAGCUCGUGUACAGAGCAACGGGCAGGAAGCAAAAGUCAAUCUUCACUUCAGUUCCUGACACUCCUGAUCUUUUAAGAGCCAAGCGAGGGCAGAAGCUUCAGAGCCAGUAUCUGUAUGUUGAACUUGCCACCAAAGAGAGGCCUCAUCACCAUGCUGGCAACCAGACCACAGCCUUGAUGCAUGCUAAAGAAGUGAAGGACAUGGUCAGCGAGAAAAAGUACAAGAUUCAAUAUGAAAAGAUGAAGGACAAGUACACCCCAGUUCCAGAUACACCAAUCCUCAUCAGAGCCAAGAAGGCUUACUGGAAUGCCAGUGAUCUACGCUACAAAGAAACAUUUCAAAAGACCAAAGGGAAGUACCACACUGUGAAGGAUGCUCUGGACAUUGUUUAUCAUCGUAAAGUCACAGAUGACAUCAGUAAAGUGAAGUACAAGGAGAACUAUAUGAGCCAACUGGGAAUCUGGAGGUCCAUUCCUGAUCGCCCAGAGCAUUUCCACCACCGGGCAGUCACCGACGCAGUCAGUGAUGUAAAAUAUAAAGAAGAUUUGACCUGGCUGAAGGGAAUUGGUUGCUAUGCCUACGAUACCCCUGACUUCACUUUGGCUGAAAAGAACAAGACUCUAUACAGCAAGUAUAAGUAUAAAGAGAUAUUUGAAAGGACAAAGUCUGAUUUCAAGUAUGUUGCUGACUGUCCAAUCAAUAGGCACUUCAAGUAUGCAACUCAACUGAUGAAUGAGAAAAAAUACAGAGCUGAUUAUGAGCAGCGGAAAGAUAAAUACCAGCUGGUGGUUGAUGAGCCUAGACAUCUGCUGGCUAAGACGGCAGGCGAACAGAUCAGCCAGAUCAAAUACAGAAAAAAAUAUGAAAAGUCGAAAGACAAAUUCACUUCAAUUGUUGAUACUCCAGAACACCUGAGGACUACAAAAGUCAACAAACAAAUCAGUGAUAUACUCUAUAAACUGGAAUAUAACAAGGCCAAACCCAGAGGCUACACCACAAUCCAUGACACCCCCAUGUUGCUGCAUGUCCGUAAGGUGAAGGAUGAAGUCAGUGAUGUAAGUGGCCCGCAACAACCAAAAUAAAAAAAAGGAAAACAAAGAACCAAGUCCAAUUGCACCAUUGAACCUGACGCUGUUCACAUCAAAGCAGCCAAGGAUGCCUACAAAGUCAACACCAAUCUGGACUACAAAAAACUGUAUGAAGCAAACAAAGCCCACUGGAGGUGGAUCCCUGACCGACCCGACUUCAUCCAGGCAGCCAAGUCAUCCCUGCAGCAAAGUGAUUUUGAAUACAAGCUGGAUAGAGAGUUCCUCAAGGGUUGCAAACUUUCUGUCACUGAUGAUAAAGACAUGGUGCUGGCCCUGAGGAAUUCUUUGAUCGAAAGUGACCUGAAAUACAAAGAGAAACAUGUCAAGGAAAGAGGAACCUGUCAGGCUGUGCCCGACACUCCUCAAAUCCUCCUGGCAAAGGCUGUCAGCCAUCUGGUGUCCGAGAACAAGUACAAGGACUAUGUUAAGAAGCACUUGGCCCAGGGCUCAUACACAACUCUGCCAGAGACCCGUGAUACUGUUCACGUCAAGAAAGUGACCAAGAAUGUCAGUGAGACAAAUUACAAGAAGAAGUAUGUCAAGGAGAAAGGAAAAUCCAACUACUCCAUCAUGCUGGAGCCCCCAGAUGUGAAGCACGCCAUGGAUGUGGCCAAGAAGCAGAGCAAUAUUGCUUACAAAAAAGAUGCCAAAGAGAACCUACAUUACACCACAGUAGCAGACCGGCCAGACAUCAAAAAAGCCACACAGGCAGCCAAACAGGCCAGUGAGGUGGAAUACAGAGCAAAGCAUCGAAAGGAAGGCAGCCAUGGUUUAAGCAUGCUUGGUCGCCCAGACAUUGAAAUGGCCAAGAAAGCAGCCAAGCUGAGCAGCCAGGUUAAAUAUAGAGAAAAUUUCGAUAAAGAGAAAGGAAAGACACCAAAAUACAAUCCAAAAGACAGCCAGCUCUACAAAGUCAUGAAAGACGCUAAUAAUCUCGCAAGUGAGGUUAAAUAUAAGGCAGACCUAAAAAAACUUCACAAACCUGUGACUGACAUGAAGGAAUCCCUAAUAAUGAAUCAUGUCUUGAAUACAAGCCAACUUGCCAGUUCUUACCAAUACAAGAAGAAAUAUGAGAAAAGUAAAGGCCACUACCACACAAUACCUGAUAAUCUGGAGCAGCUUCAUCUAAAAGAGGCCACAGAAUUACAGAGCAUAGUGAAAUACAAGGAAAAGUAUGAAAAGGAACGAGGGAAGCCCAUGUUAGACUUUGAAACACCAACAUACAUCACUGCCAAAGAGUCUCAGCAAAUGCAAAGUGGGAAAGAAUAUAGGAAAGAUUACGAAGAGUCCAUUAAAGGCAGAAACCUCACUGGCCUGGAGGUCACACCAGCUUUAUUACAUGUCAAAUAUGCCACCAAAAUAGCCAGCGAGAAAGAGUACAGAAAAGAUCUAGAAGAAAGCAUCCGUGGGAAGGGCCUCACUGAAAUGGAAGAUACCCCUGACAUGCUAAGGGCAAAGAACGCCACUCAAAUCCUGAAUGAGAAAGACUAUAAGAGAGACCUGGAACUAGAAGUCAAGGGAAGAGGUCUGAAUGCGAUGGCUAAUGAAACUCCAGACUUUAUGCGGGCCAGGAAUGCCACCGAUAUCGCCAGUCAGAUUAAAUAUAAGCAAUCAGCAGAAAUGGAAAAAGCUAAUUUCACCUCCGUGGUUGAUACUCCAGAGAUCAUACAUGCCCAACAAGUGAAGCACCUUUCAAGCCAGAAAAAGUACAAGGAAGAUGCUGAGAAGUCCAUGUCAUAUUAUGAGACUGUUUUGGACACUCCAGAGAUACAGAGAGUACGGGAGAACCAAAAGAACUUCAGCCUUCUCCAAUACCAGUGUGACCUUAAAAACAGUAAAGGAAAAAUUACAGUUGUUCAAGACACACCAGAAAUACUGCGUGUUAAGGAAAAUCAAAAAAAUUUCAGCUCGGUUUUAUAUAAAGAGGAUGUCUCACCAGGAACAGCAAUUGGAAAGACACCUGAGAUGAUGCGAGUAAAACAGACCCAGGACCACAUCAGCUCGGUGAAGUAUAAGGAAGCAAUUGGACAAGGAACUCCAAUUCCUGACUUGCCUGAAGUGAAGAGGGUCAAAGAGACACAGAAGCACAUUAGCUCGGUUAUGUACAAAGAAAACUUGGGAACAGGCAUACCAACCUCCGUCACUCCAGAGAUUGAGAGAGUCAGACGCAAUCAAGAAAACUUUAGCUCGGUUUUAUACAAAGAAAAUUUGGGGAAAGGAACCCCAACACCUAUAACUCCAGAGAUUGAGAGAGUCAAACGCAAUCAAGAGAACUUUAGCUCGGUGUUAUACAAAGAAAAUAUGGGCAAGGGAACCCCUUUACCUGUCACUCCAGAGAUGGAGAGAGUCAAACACAAUCAAGAAAAUAUUAGCUCGGUUUUGUACAAAGGAAAUUUGGGGAAAGCCACCCCAACUCCUGUCACUCCAGAGAUGCAGAGAGUCAAACGCAAUCAAGAAAACAUUAGCUCGGUGUUGUACAAAGAGAAUAUGGGGAAAGCAACCCCCACACCUUUUACUCCUGAGAUGGAAAGAGUCAAACGCAAUCAAGAAAACUUUAGCUCGGUAUUGUACAAAGAGAAUAUGAGAAAAGCAACUUCGACACCUGUGACUCCAGAGAUGGAAAGAGCUAAGCGCAACCAAGAAAACAUUAGCUCGGUGCUAUAUUCUGAUAGCUUCCGGAAACAAAUACAGGGCAAGGCUGCCUAUGUCUUGGACACUCCAGAGAUGAGGAGGGUGAGGGAGACCCAACGCAACAUCUCAACAGUGAAAUAUCAUGAAGACUUUGAAAAACACAAGGGCUGCUUCACACCAGUGGUUACAGACCCUAUCACUGAAAGAGUCAAGAAGAACACGCAGGACUUCAGUGAUAUUAAUUACCGAGGUAUUCAGAGAAAAGUGGUAGAGAUGGAACAAAAACAACGGAAUGACCAGGGUCAGGAGACUAUCACAGGUUUGCGUGUCUGGCGUACUAAUCCUGGCUCGGUUUUUGACUAUGAUCCUGCAGAAGACAAUAUUCAGUCUCGAAGCUUACACAAGCUCAAUGUGCAAGCUCAGCGUCGUAGCCGGGAGCAGUCACGAUCAGCCAGCGCACUGAGCAUCAGUGGGGGUGAGGAGAAGUCUGAACAUUCUGAAGCUGCUGACCACCAUCUCUCCACCUAUAGUGAUGGGGGCAUUUUCUUCAGUGCAACUUCAACAGCUUACAAACAUGCAAAAACCACAGAGCUCCCACAACAACGGUCAUCCUCUGUUGCUACCCAACAGACCACAGUAUCUUCUAUUCCAUCUCAUCCUUCAACUGCUGGCAAAAUCUUCCGUGCCAUGUACGACUAUAUGGCUGCUGAUGCAGACGAGGUGUCUUUCAAAGAUGGAGAUGCUAUUGUAAAUGUUCAAGCUAUUGAUGAAGGUUGGAUGUAUGGCACUGUACAGAGGACGGGCAGAACAGGCAUGCUUCCAGCCAACUAUGUUGAAGCUAUUUAACUGAUUCAAAGCACCUACCAUGCCUGUAGGUCAGCGUUAUAAACUUGAAUAGACUCUCCAUUAUCAAAGUUCUCAAACUGCUCAAUGGUUUUUCUGUCAAAAUGAUUUAUGAUCGUUCCAUCCUCAAUUCUCC